AGAGGGAAAAUAAUUGCUCAAAAAAGAAAAGUCAGUCUUCUCCUCUCCAGUCCGUGGAAAAUCCAAGGGGGACGUUGACAAGAGGGUAUUUUUAGGAAACGCAUCCAAAUACACAGGAUAAGAGUGAAUGUGGUGGUGGUGGAGGGGGGGAAAGUUGUGGAUUGUAGAAGUUAUCAAGUGGGAUUUGCGGCGCUCUCUGCAGGAAACGCGAACGGCUCCAGUUCAAAGCCACAUGCACCAACGUGACAUAUAAGCCAUUAAAAUAUCAUCCUGACGGCUCAUUUCUGCUUCAUCAUACAUUCCCUAACUGCUUCCUGAAAACUGGAAAAGGAGAAAUGAAGGAUGACCGCCUCGCUGGAACCACAAAAGAGAGGCUUAGAGGGGUUUGUGGUCCCCCCUAAGCCACCCCAAAGUGAUAUGCAGAAAUGAGGCGAUCUCAGCAACAGGUGGAGAGGGAUUCAAAGUCAGAAAAUGAGAUACAAGACUUCCUUGGUGAUGAGGAAACGUUUACGGCUUUAUCGAAAUGUCCUAAAAGAGUCAAGUAGUAGCUCCGGACACCAUGGCCCCCAGCUCGCUGCCGCCUCCAGCCCCUCGGUGUUCCCCGGCCUUCACGAGCAGCCUCCCCAGGCCUCCGCCAGCGGCACUUUGAAUGGAUUUCUGCGUCUGGGGCUACCCGGAGAAAUGUACGCGCGGCCUGAACCCUUCGCGCCGGGACCGGUGGCCCGCAGCGACGCUCUGGCAGCUGCCGCAGCCCUGCACAGCUACGGGGGCAUGAACCUGACCAUGAACCUCGCCGCGCCCCAUGGUCCUGGCGCCUUCUUCCGCUACAUGCGCCAGCCCAUCAAACAGGAACUCAUCUGCAAAUGGCUGGCGGCAGACGUCCCCGCGGCCCCGUGUCUCUGCUCCAAAACUUUCAGCACCAUGCACGAGCUGGUCACGCACGUCACCGUGGAGCACGUCGGCGGCCCGGAGCAGGCCAACCACAUCUGCUUCUGGGAGGAGUGUCCGCGCCAGGGCAAGCCUUUUAAAGCCAAAUAUAAACUUGUAAAUCACAUCCGCGUGCAUACGGGCGAGAAGCCCUUCCCCUGUCCUUUCCCGGGUUGUGGGAAGGUCUUUGCUAGAUCAGAAAAUCUCAAAAUACACAAAAGAACUCACACAGGGGAGAAGCCCUUCAGGUGUGAGUUCGAAGGCUGCGAGCGGCGCUUCGCCAACAGCAGCGACCGUAAGAAGCACUCGCACGUGCACACCAGCGACAAGCCAUACACGUGCAAAGUGCGCGGCUGCGACAAGUGCUACACACACCCCAGCUCCCUGCGUAAGCACAUGAAGGUUCACGGGCGAUCGCCGCCGCCGCCUAGCUCUGGCUACGACUCCGCCACGCCAUCCGCUCUCGUGUCACCUUCGUCGGACUUAGGCCGCGAGCCCCUGGUGGCCUCCUCGGCGGCGGUGGCGGCGCGUGGCGACGACUUGAGCGAAUGAUGUCCACCGCGUUGCUCUCAAGGUAAUCUCGCCCGGCGCAGCUGAGCGCCCGCAUCUUGCUCCUGCAACAUCAAAGAGUCCGCGCACAAAGCAAUGUUUCUUCGCCACGGUGCAUCUUCAUGGUAAGUUAGGAUUUCUAUGGCAAUGGGCAAGUCGCACUGAAAUCCUGAAAGGCCGAGCCUGGAGCCCGUCCAGGCUUUUCAUUAAGGACAUAAUAUUUACGUCUAACAGGCCUUUUUUCUUGUGUAUACAAGUAUAUAUUUUUGUUUGACGCGGACUAAAUCAUUUUCAUUUAAUUUCCGGUAAACAAAACCCACGCGAAUGGGCACUUGUUCCCGAUCAUAAUAAAAAUGGAUAAUAAUGUGAGCGAAGAAAAAGGCCGCUUGAAUCGCCGCUCAGCCCUCUUUGUUUCUGCUUUCUGUGGUGAUCAGAGGGCGCAUUUGAGUUUGAUGGCGAGUUUCUAAAGGCGAGGAAAUGGUUUGUAAGAGGGGAAAGAAAAGGAGAAAGGUCUAAUCAAGCUCGGGUUGUUCAAAGAGUCGGGUUUUGGGGUUGAAAGUGUGAGUUUGACGGUGCAUCAGCAUGCCGCGUUAGGCUCGCCAUGGAAAUGCGCGCGGGGAGCGGUCGCUUCAAAGGCGGCACACUUCACUGCAGACACUCUAUUAAGAUACAUUUGCGCUGACCUUUGCUUUCACGCCAUUUAAUAUUGUCACUACGUUCUCUAGUAUAUACCUCCUCCUUAGGACCUGCUUCGCCAGCGUUUAGGGGUUCACCUCGCACUCUAAUGUGGGGGCAGGGGUUGGCGCCAGGGACACUUUCAGGAAAGGGAGGAGCUGGACUCCGUGCAUCUCUGCUGCGUCCCAAAGAGGCUCCAAGGUCAGGAGUAAAUAACUUUAGGACAAUCUCAGAAGCUUAACAAAUGAGCAUCCCAACUCCGUUUCGUGCAAAGUACCUUUCUGCAUCUUGAGUAAGGUGGAGGCCUGAAUCUGAAUGGGACUUUCAGGGCAAGGGGCCCAUCUGGAUGAGUCUGGGAGUUUCAGACUGUGCCUUUGGGACAUUUCCACUUUGGCCCCAAGCACAGCCCUUUCUGCUCCUCAAUCCCAGAAGUUUCUUAAAGCCCCUCAAACUUGUUUCUCCCCAGGGUGAUGUGUAUGGUACCCCUUAGGCCUGGGCUGGCCCUGGGCACGAGCUCAAGAGCCCAAGGCCAAGGGGAUAGGGAAGAUGGCAGGAAAGUUAGAAGUCCAUGUUCCCUUAAUUGUCUUGUUGUUUAUUUUAUCCAAGUACCCCAGUGAAUAGGGGAAAAAUAAACAUGGUGGAAAAAAAAUCAAACAGUGGAGUCUUCUUUAGUGCCAGUUCUUGUGGUUGAAUAAAAAGGAUGGUCUUCUUUCCAUUGAGCUGAGAAAUCUUUGAAGAGGGUUAUUAUCUUUUUUUUGUCGUCCUAACAACACUGAUGAAAUGUAAAAGGUUCUUUGUCAGCGAUUUGUUCUCCUCUCUGUCAAACUCUCUGCCCUGUUAGUUUCAAAUCAUUUCUAAAGAGAUAAAAAUCAAAAAAUUUUUUAAAAAAUACAUGCACGUUACACUAACUGCUAACUUUAAGACUAAGUUCUGCUAAGGGAAAAAAGAAAAGUAAUGCAGUGACAUCAGGUCCAAGCCUGUGGAGCUGUGCAGAUGUUGAGGGGCCCUUUGCACAGGCUCUGGGAUAAGGGAGAAGAAUGCAGAGAUGGUGCAGGCAGAGCAUACAUACCCCAAACUCCCACUGCUUGUCAGCUUCUCUAUGCUCUGGCUUGUACUCAGUCCAAGUCAGGUCACCUGGAGCCUCCUUUGGGGACCCCUCAAACUCUCAAUAUUCUUGCCCCAGAUCUUUGGAACCUAAGGCUGCAGCCAAGUGAUUGUUAAUAUUUUCUGAUUCUUCAAAGACAAUCUCUGCCAAAAAUAGACCCAUUGUGUGUUUCUUCUCACUAACAGCAAUCAGCAAGCCCUUUGUGUCAUUAAUAGAAAGGAGAGUGGCUUGAGAGUGAGACAUUUUUACGAUUUCCUGUUUUCUUCACAAUCGUAGCAAUUGGAGUUCAGAAGAUUAAGUUUACAAGGUAGUGACCCCAGAGUGCAUGCAAACACCCUCCUCCUAUCCAUAUAUGCAGUUCUUCAUUUUAUAUUGUGCCCAGGAAAGAAACUUUCACCCUGUCCAGUUUCCCCCAAACCUUUUCAUGUGGUUUUAAAGGUGGUUUAAAUAAACAAGGAGUUCCAGUCUCCCCGCCCCUGUGAGCUGACUAAAUAAUUUGUAAAGUUUCCCCAAGCUGUAACCCAUGCUGUUAUUAUAGUUGCUACAAAAUGUUGUCUCUUAUAUUGAUUUUUAUUUGCUUACUCGAGGUCCCCAUAUGUUUAUUUAUAUUGCUAAUUUAUGGGAAAAUGUAAUGAUUACAAUGAAUGUGAAUUAUAUAGACAGGCAAAUGUUUUGUAAUCAUAAUUCACACACACACAAAAGCUUGACUGAAACCUUAGACUAUUUAGUAUCCUCUUUAUCCACAGUGUUUGUGAUUUAUCAUCUAUCUCUUUAACAUUCUUAAAUUAUGGACUAACUCGAAAGAAAAAAAGUUGUUACGUAUUUGACUGAAAGUGAUUGUUGAAUGAAAACAUAGUUGAAAACCGUGGCUUAAUCUUGCUGUAAAUAUGUAAAAAUGAAUUAAAAUCUGUGAUGGUUUUGCCCUCCAAAGCCUGUUGUGUACAUGGAGCUCCAUUUUGCUAUUUUCUUUGGAAUAAAGGAUGUUAUGUUCUCCUUCCUCUUUU